AUGGAGCCCAAAGAAGCCACUGGGAAAGAAAACAUGGGCUCUAAGAAAAAGAAUCUGACCUUUUUGAGGUCUAGACUCUAUAUGCUGGAGAGAAGAAAGACUGACACUGUGGUUGAGAACAGUGUUUCUGGGGACCACUCUGGCACCUUGAGGAGGAGCCAGUCUGACAGGACGGAAUACAACCAGAAAUUACAAGAAAAGAUGACUCCACAAGCUGGGUGUUCUGCAGCUGAGAUUCCAGCCCAGGAAGAAGAGCUACAGGUGAGGAGAAUGAUGGCAAAGCGGUCAAAAAUCAUCAAGGAGCUGAUACAGACAGAAAAGGACUAUCUCCAUGAUCUAGAGCUGUGCCUUCAGGAAGUGGUUCGUCCUCUGAGAAAUAAACAGAUUGAUAGGCUGGAUGUGGAUAGCUUGUUUAGCAACAUCGAAUCCGUGCAUCAGAUAUCAGCCAAGCUGCUGUCGUUGUUGGAAGAGGCCACAAAAGACGUGGAACCAGCCAUGCAAGUAAUCGGAGACGUAUUCUUGCAGAUUAAAGGUCCACUGGAAGAUACUUAUAAAAUCUACUGCUAUCAGCAUGACGAAGCACACAGUGUACUAGAGUCGUAUGAAAAGGAAGAAGAGCUGAAGCAACAUUUGAGCCACUGUAUCCAGUCCUUAAAGAAAAUCUACAUGGAAGAAAGCAAACCGAAUUUAUUGGACAUGGGCUCUUUGAUGAUCAAACCAAUUCAGCGUGUGAUGAAAUACCCCUUACUACUAUGUGAACUUCGAAAUUCUACCCCUCCUUCUCAUCCAGAUUACAGAGCACUGGAAGAUGCCUUUGCUGCUGUGAAAGAUAUUAACAUAAACAUCAAUGAACUUAAAAGAAGGAAAGAUUUGGUUCUAAAAUAUAAGAAGAAUGAUGAGGAUGAAUCACUUAAAGACAAACUGUCCAAGCUAAAUAUUCAUUCAAUCAGUAAGAAAUCAAAAAGAGUAACAAAUCAUCUAAAGAUUCUGACCAGAGGAGAAUCACAGGUGAAAGACAAUACCUUUAACAAAGAAGAAAAACUUUUUAGAUGUUUAGAAAAGACUGUAAGGUAUUGUGUGAAGAACAUUUCAUUUUCUCUUCAACACAUACAGGAAGCCAUGCCUUUGGCUCUACAGAGUGUAAUGGAGCUCCAAGAGAUUUCACACAAUAAAGAUGAGGAAGAGAGUGGCCAUUCAGAGACCCCAAGUAAUAUCCCAAAUCCCUGUGAUGACUUUGCUGCUCACUUACAGAGGCUCAUCUUGACUCCCUUGUCAGCCCUGCUGCCUUUAUUCCCUGGGCCUCAGAAGCUCAUUCAGAAACGCUAUGACAAACUACUGGAUUACAACAGCUACCUUCAGAGGUCAGCAGGAGAUGAGUCAGGCUUGGCUAAAAAGGAGUAUGAGGCCCUCAAUGCCCAACUUGUCGAAGAGCUCCAGGUAUUCAACCAGGCUGCUCGGAAGAUUCUGUUGAACUGUCUGUGCAUUUUCAUCACCCUCCUCAGGGACUUGAUGCUUGUGGCACAGCGGGUUUAUUCUGCUGAAGUGGUACAGGUGCCACUGUUGCUCUCAAGCAUUUCUGAGAUUCAAGAUCGUGUACUAGAAGAGGUUCACAAUCUGAAUUUUGUAAAGGACAACAAUGCCACCUUUAUUGAGAGGAAGCUGAGUUUUGAAAAGAAGAAGCCCGCACCAGUUCCGCCAGAAAUGCCACGUCAAACUGACAUUCACCGCUCCAAACUUCUAUCUACAUACAGUGCAGAGGAAUUAUACCAAGCUAAGCGUAAUUGCAAUGCUACACAGGAAUAUGAUAUCAAUCUUCUGGAAGGAGACUUGGUGGCUGUGAUGGAACAGAAAGAUCCAUUGGGGAGUACGAGCAGAUGGCUUGUUGAUGCAGGAAUUGUAAAAGGAUACGUGUAUUCCUCCUUCCUAAAGCACUACAAUCCAGCAAGAGUGCAGAAAGUGGAUGCAGAAAACAGGUUCUGUGAUGACGACUUUGAUAACAUCAGCCUAUUUGUGUCUUCUCGGCCAGCUAGCGACAGUGUCACAGGCACCCCAGAAGGCAGCAUAAGUGAUAGCAGCUCAUCUCUUAGUGGUACAUGUGGAAAAUCUGAAAUAAAUGGCACUGACAUUGACAGUUUUCAAGAGGUAGAUGAGCAGAUUUUCUAUGCUGUUCAUGCCUUUCAAGCACGGAGUGACCAUGAACUCAGCCUUCAGGAGUACCAAAGAGUCCAUAUACUCAGAUUUUGUGACCUAAGUGGCAAUAAAGAGUGGUGGUUAGCUGAAGCUCAAGGACAGAAAGGAUAUGUGCCUGCUAACUACCUUGGAAGGAUGACUUAUGCUUAA